UACUAAGUAGAAUAAUACCUAAAAGAACCAAUGAGGCUAUUUGGAAUAGUGUAUCAUGUGGACCUUCCUUUGGACAAUCAGAUCUUUGCAUGAAAGAUUCAAAUUAUUGGACUAGUAAUUGGGAAAUUUAUGAAAAUAAAAUAACUAAUUCACACCCGCUAAUUGCUGAAGAAUAUGAA